CUCCGGCUCCCGGGCAUUUAAAGGGGACGCGGCGGCGGCGGCCCGGGGGGAUGGGGGGCAGGUGGAGGGGACGGCUCAGACGCGCAUCACCCACCGCCCCUCGGCACUGGAGGGACUCGUGAGCCGGAGCCCAGAAAUCCGGGGGUGGAUAAGACACCGCGUCCCCUCAAUUCCCACUGCAGGAGCAGCUCAAGGAGCUUGUCCCCCUUUUCUCUGAGGGACUCAGUUUGGCAACCACAAAAGGAUUUGAUCACUCUGGACAAAGCUACCAGAGGAGCUCUGGACGACGGCUGGAUGCCAACAGAGUCCCCGCAAGUGGUGGCCAGGGUGAUGUGCCGACAAUGAACGGGUGUUUUCCAGUUGCUGGCCUCCGGUGCCUGUCUAGGGUAUGUCGUGGCCUGUUGCGGGAGGCUCCUACCUCCCCAAGCCCCACUGCUUCUCCUGCUGCCCGCUUGCUUCGGACUCUGGCAGAAACCCCAUCUGACACCUUCCUCCCAGGGAAUUGGUCUCGGACGCGCCAGCGCCUCUGGCCGUGGCCCGCUAACCAGCCUCUCCUCGGCCGGCCCCCGCCGCGCCGCCUCUCGCUUGCUCCCUCCUCCUGCUCCUCUCCCCCCUGCUCCCAGGACGGCGGGAUGGCGGCGCAGGGCGCGCCGCGCUUCCUCCUGACCUUCGACUUUGAUGAGACGAUCGUGGACGAGAACAGCGACGACUCCAUCGUGCGCGCUGCCCCGGGCCAGCGCCUGCCCGACAGCCUGCGCGCCACCUACCGCGAGGGCUUCUACAACGAGUACAUGCAGCGCGUCUUCAAGUACCUGGGCGAGCAGGGCGUGCGGCCGCGGGACCUCCGCUCCAUCUACGAGGCCAUCCCCCUGACGCCGGGCAUGGGCGACCUGCUGCAGUUUGUGGCCAAGCAGGGCUCCUGCUUCGAGGUGAUUCUCAUCUCGGAUGCCAACACCUUCGGCGUGGAGAGCGCGCUGCGCGCCGCCGGCCACCACGGCCUGUUCCGCCGCAUCCUCAGCAACCCGUCGGGGCCCGACGCGCGGGGGCUGCUCGCGCUGCGGCCCUUCCACACGCACAGCUGCCCGCGCUGCCCCGCCAACAUGUGCAAGCACAAGGUGCUGAGCGACUACCUGCGCGAGCGGGCCCACGACGGCGUGCACUUCGAGCGCCUCUUCUACGUGGGCGACGGCGCCAACGACUUCUGCCCCAUGGGGCUGCUGGCCGGCGGCGACGUGGCCUUCCCGCGCCGCGGCUACCCCAUGCACCGCCUUAUCCAGGAGGCCCAGAAGACCGAGCCCAGCUCCUUCCGCGCCAGCGUGGUGCCCUGGGAAACCGCCGCCGACGUGCGCCUCCAUCUCCAACAGGUGCUGAAGACCUGCUGAGGACCGCGGCCUGCCGGGGGCGCCCGGGCGACCGGGUGGAAGGGGGUGAGGGAUGGGGCGAGCGGGAAAGACGAACCUACUUUUAUUACUCCCUUUUCCCUUUUGUAUGUCCCUCCCUCCGCGAAUUUCUAGACUUCCAGGCUCGUCCAUUUAGGGGCUGGGGAGGGAGUUCGGAGCCGACCCUAUCUAUGCAGUUAACCCGGUUCGGCUGCCUCCCCCGGUUCUGCAGCAACAGUUGAAUGCAGGCCCAAGCCGGUGGCGCGCGCACCGAGCCGGCAGCAGUGCUUCCAAAGCCUCGUGCCCCGAGCUGGGAGGGCGCAGGUCCUUGGCAGCGGAGAGCAAACAUCUCCCACCGCUUUCAUGGCUGCCUCGGGCUGUGAACCCUCUCGCGCAGCCCCUAGUUUCCUCUUUAGAGGACCCAGGUUCUGAGAUCCUCUCGGCCAAACCCGACUACCCGUGGAGAAAGAUGGCCCCGGGCCUAGAUCUUGCUUCACCGACCCCGCCGCCCACCCGCCAGCGCCCCCCGAGGACCGAGAGCCAGAGGGAAUAGUCGCCUCCUGGUGGUGGGACGAGGGAGCACACGGUCCGGCUUGGGGCUGGCCCGCCUCGCACCCCAGCCUCGUCUAUGCAGCAAGUGACCAGGGACCUUACCGAAGUCGCCCCCGCCGGUUGCCCCCUCCCCUGCGCGCGUACUCCCCUCCCGUAUGGAACUGAAAGCCAUGAUGUUUUAAAGCAGAGCCAGCAAAACCCAAGCCCCUCCUCCCUCUUUGGUGUUUUAGAGCUAUAAAGGAGGCAAAGUGGGGAAAAGUGAAUGAUAUGUCUUGCGCCGCAGUCUAAGGGGUGAGGUGAUCUCUGCUCUCAGCCCCACUUAAGUAAGGGAGCUGAUCCCCAUUCUUGGAGGAGCGCCCAGCUUGAGUGAACCAAGACUGAACAACACUCAGCAACAGGGAGAACAAGGUGCGCUCAGUAGCUGAAGAGGGGCAUCCGGGUCAAGUGUGGAGG